AUGACUGAUAUAACUCAAUUUUUCACUAAAGAUUCAUCAAAGCCUGUCAAGGGUAGAAAAAAACAGAAAGUUGAUGUCGAUAGUCCAAAGCCAGUUGUUGCUCCUGAAGUAAUUGAUAUUGGUGAUGAUGAUGAUGAUCUCUUGGAACUAGACCAUUCCAAAGGAGGGAAAAGAACAGAGGCUUCAAAAUCAAGGAAUGUUAGUGUAAAACCUGAGGUGAAGGUUGGUACUCCAAUGAAGAAAGAGUCUGUUGUCACUUCAGGGAUUCCAAAAGGUGCCACAGCUCAGGAGGUUCUUGAUACCAUUCCAUCUUUAGAUUUGUCGGCAGUAAGUGUGAAGGAAAAUGCCAAGUUUGAUUUUAGAGCAGCUGCAGCUAAUAAAUCUAGUGAUGUUGAUAUGGAUGAUAUUGCUGGAGAUAUUCCUGAAGGUAGACCAAACUGUUUAUUAGGUUUAACAAUUGUGUUUACCGGUGUUCUGCCAACUUUAGAAAGGGGUAACGCUGAAACUUUAGCAAAGAGAUAUGGUGCUAGAGUGACCUCAUCUAUUUCUAGAAAGACUUCUGUAGUAGUUCUUGGUGAAGAAGCAGGUCCAAAGAAAGUGGAAAAAAUCAAACAGUUAGGCGUGAAGGCAAUCAAUGAAGAUGGGUUCAAACAGUUAAUUGCAGGUAUGCCUGCUGAGGGUGGUGAAGGUGAAGCCGCUGAAAAGAGUAGACAAAAAUUAAAAGAACAAGAACAACAGGCAAAGAAAGAAGCUGAAGUAAUGAUUAAAGAAGAAGCAAAGAGACAAGAGAAAAUCAAAAAUGCACAAAUGUCUGGAGAAAAUGUCAUGAAGGAUGAUUUAGUUAGAGAACAAGAUAAGCUUUGGACUGUCAAAUACGCACCAACAAAUUCUAGUCAAAUUUGCGGUAAUAAAGGUACUAUAAACAAAUUGAAGACUUGGCUAUCUAAUUGGGACCACGCUAAGAGCAAUGGUUUCAAAUCUCCAGGAAGAGAUGGUUCAGGUAUAUAUAGAGCAGCCAUGUUAUAUGGUCCACCUGGUAUAGGUAAAACCACCGCAGCUCAUUUGAUAGCUAAGGAAUUAGGUUAUGAUAUUUUAGAACAGAAUGCAUCCGAUGUUCGUUCCAAGUCCCUAUUAAAUCUUGGUGUGAAAAAUGCACUAGACAAUAUGUCUAUUGUCGGUUAUUUUAAGCAUAAGGAGGAGCCAUCAGAAGCCCACGGCAAAAAAUUUGUAAUCAUUAUGGAUGAAGUAGAUGGUAUGAGUGGUGGUGAUAGAGGUGGUGUAGGGCAACUGGCUCAGUUUUGUCGUAAGACAUCUACACCAAUGAUUUUAAUCUGUAAUGAACGUAAUCAGCCUAAAAUGAGACCUUUUGAUAGAGUGUGUUUAGACGUCCAAUUUAGAAGACCCGAUGCUAACAGUAUCAAAUCGAGAUUAAUGACUAUUGCCAUUAGGGAAAAAUUCAAGUUAGAUCCUAAUAUUAUUGAUAAAUUAGUACAAUCUACCAGGGGCGAUAUGAGACAGAUUAUCAACCUUUUAUCUACUAUUUCCAAAACCACAAAACACAUAAACCAUGAAAACAUCAAUGAAAUCUCUCAAGCAUGGGAGAAGAAUGUUGCAUUAAAGCCAUUUGACAUCACACUUAGAUUAUUAAGUGGUCAAAUAUAUUCGGACUUAGGAUCUAACAAUUUUACACUUAACGACAAGAUUGCAUUAUAUUUUGACGAUUUUGAUUUCACACCAUUAAUGAUACAAGAAAAUUAUAUACACUCGAGACCUGCUACACUAAAAAAUGACGAAACCCAUCUAGAUGCUGUUGCAGCCGCCGCCGAUAGCAUUUCACUAGGUGACUUGGUAGAAAGAAAGAUUCGUAGUAGUGAGCAACUAUGGAGCUUAUUACCGUUACAUGCAGUGUUAUCCUCAGUGCUUCCCUCAUCGAAAGUUGCUGGUCAAAUGUCUGGUAGAGUAAACUUCACAUCAUGGCUAGGUCAAAAUUCAAAGAGAGGGAAAUUCUUCAGAUUACUUCAAGAAUUGCAAUAUCAUACCACCUUAAGCACAUCCACAGACAAGUUUGGAUUGAGAUUAGAGUAUAUGUCAACAUUCAAGCGUAGAUUACUAAAUCCACUUGUAAACGAAGGUGCUGAAGCAAUCCCUGAUAUCAUCGAAUUCAUGGAUAACUAUUAUCUAACGAAGGAAGACUGGGAUACCAUAAUGAGUUUCCUAAUCGGCACAGAUACAACAGACACUUUAAUCAAGAAGAUUCCAACCUCAGUGAAAAGUGCAUUCACCAGAAAAUAUAAUAGUACAACACAUCCUGUAGCUAUAUACAGACCUGGUGUUAGCACAGGCUCCAGUGUCGUUGCAGCUACCCCAGAUUUCGAAGAUAUCGUUGAUGCAGAUGACACAGUGCCACCAGGAGAGGACGAAGAUACAUCGAAUGACACUGAUCUAAAGAAGGACAAACUAAUCAAAGCCAAAGUCAAAUCAAAGGCAAAACCCAAGGCAAAACCAAAACCUAAGGCAAAACCAGCUGCUAAAGAAUCGACCAGAAAGAAGAGAAAGCUUGACAGUGACGAGGAUUAG